AUGGCCUACCAAUACCAGAACAACAUGUCGGCCACGUUCGUGCCCGGCGGCUUCGACGACUUCUAUAUGCCCACCGCCAGCCCGCCGCUGGUCCAGCCGGAGCCGCAGAGGAUCAACCCGGAAAUGUCGAACCAGAUCGCAGAAGGCAUUGGCAAUAUGGAUCUGAACAGCCGAAACAGCGAUACACCGCAUCUUUCCCCCUUUCCCAAACUCGUCGACCCGCCGGCGAAUGUCCCUCCGACUGACGAUGAGCUGGAAGCGCGAUUGGAGAAUGCGCGGCUGCCUGUGCUGAACUCGAAUGAUCCCGAAAUGCAGCUGGCAUGGGCUGCGGAUGCCUUGACCUACUGCGGCGUGUGCGCAGACGACGCUGAGCGAACGGCAGCCUCGAAACCACAGCAGGCACGAUCGUCGACUCCGAGAAUAGAACACCAACUCAAAGUGGAUGCGAUGAACAUUGUGACCUUCUUGGCCGACCAGCAACAUCCGCGAGCAGAGUUUCUGCGGGGCAUGUGGUUAGAAUGGGGCAGAUUUGGCCAGCGAGAAGACAAGAAAGAGGCAUUUCGCUGCUAUUCGCGAGCAGCAGACAAGGGCUACGCGCGAGCCGAAUACCGGAUAGGCAUGUUGUACGAGUCCUACAAUGAUCCCAUCAAGGCGCUCAAGCACUACAACAGGGGCGUCGAUGCGGGAGACGCAGCUUCCUGCUACCGACUCGGUAUGAUGACUUUGAGAGGACAGCAUGGGCAACAGCAGGACUGGGCGAGAGGCGUAGCCCUGAUCAAGCAAUCUGCAGACGCCGCGGAUGAGAAUGCUGCUCAAGGUGCAUAUGUCUAUGGCAUGCUUCUAGCGCGGCAACUGCCGCAGGUCGAAGUACCGGAAGGUUACCUUCCAUACGAUGAGCGUCAAGCGAGAGAGAACAUCCAGAAAGCUGCAUACAUGAAGUUUGCAAAAGCGCAGGCCAAGAUGGGAUCAGCUUAUGAGCUUGGCGCACUUGGUUGCGAGUUCAGCCCUGCACUCUCGAUCCAUUACUACGCAUUGGCUUCGAAGCAGGGCGAGGCUGACGCCGACAUGUCGUUGAGCAAAUGGUUUCUGGUCGGACAUGAAGGCUUGUUCCCCAAGAAUGAGGAGCUUGCAUAUUACUAUGCAGAACGAGCUGCACAGACUGGCCUACCCACCGCUGAGUUUGCGCUCGGAUACUUCAACGAGAUUGGCAUGCAUGUUCCGGUGAACCUCGAUAAGGCGCUGGAGUGGUACCACAAGGCCGCGCAGCAUGGCAACGAUGACGCGAAAGGUCGGAUUGAAGGCCUGGAGAAGAAGCAAGUGCUCUCAAGGCAGGAUCACGAAAAGGUAGCCAUCAACCGGAUCAAGUCUACCCAUGGCUCGAUGCGAGGACAAAGACCAGACCGGCUUCGUCAAAAGCAAGAGCCCAGCCUUGGAUCAGUGAGCGAAGGCGCUGCAUACUCGUCCUACAGCAAUGGUUACAAUGCUGUACAGUCACCGGCCAGAGGAACAACACCAUACCCAGAAGACAAUGGCCCACCAAGGAUCGAUCCCAGACCAGCAUCCGUUGCUCCUUACCCGAUGGCAGACGGCCCUCCUUCGCAUCUCACUGCAUCUAGGAUAAACAGUGGCCCGACCGGUGGCUUCUUUCGCCCCUCUACCACCAUCAAUCAGCCUUAUGAUCGACCUAGCUCUGCAUUUCACGUCAGUCCCGAUCUCCGCGCUGCGUCCAACCAAUCUGUACCUCCCCAGCCAGGCCUUGGCCAGCGGCCAUACACAAGUGGCCUCGCACCAGGCCCUCUACGACUGCAGACUGCGCAGCCAAUGGCACAUGAGCAGCGCCACUCUUCGGCACCUGGCACUCCUGGAUUUGACGGACGUCCAUUCAAUCCGAAUGAUCCACGUGCGAGACCUGGUAUGGGCAAUCGCAUUGCAUCAGGCCCUCCAGACAUGCAAGGCCAACGCCCACCCCCAGGAAAUGCGCUGUCUCCUGGUCCUGGUAACAUUCAUCACAAUCCGACUGCACCAGUAGGUCACAUCCCAGACAUUGGCUUCUCGGCUCCAUUUGAAGAGCGCAAGCCCAGCGUCGACCCGACUUGGAGCGAGCUGAAGCCGAAACGACGAGACCAACGACCAAAUCCUACGCCACAGCCACAAUCAGCCUCUCGACCCGCAACAACACGUCCUACAGGCGCAGGUCCCACUCCGCCGCAGAAGCAGAAUCCAUCGCCAACCCCUCCCGCAAAGACGACACCUGCUGCGGCCCGGCCGCCAGGCAAGGGACCAAAGACGUUCGACGAGAUGGGUGUUGCUGCUCAGCCUCCGGACAAGGAAUGCGUCAUCAUGUAAAUUUGCACAUUCGCAUCGAUAUUAAUCUACUUGUGAAUUUGGGAGCGCGGCGUUCUGAAUACCAGUGCCACAUAGCAGACGGAUGCAUUUGAGGUUGCAUGUAUUUGUCAAAUGUGUUGGUUAGCAUAGCGAGAAGUGUCUGGACUGGGAAGGACUUUUUGCAUAUGGACAUGAACAUAAUGCAUGAGAGGGAUAGCAAUCAGUCAAAAACAAGUAUACAGUCAUGAUUGUAUAUUCAAGUCAGUGUGGCAUU